AUGACUGGAAAGUUUGAAACAAAAGAAGAAAUUAUAAAGUGGAAAUAUCGUGGUAAGAUAGGAGCGAAAUCUAAAAAUGCUUUCGUAAAAAAGUAUCCUGUUAGGUCUCCCGAGAAAGGGGAAGAUGAUCCAGAGGAAAAGGAAAGAUGUGUACCAAUCGAUGUUCGAGUAUGUCUCAAAAAACGUUAUCCCUCUUCUGAAGUCGAAAAGAAAGGUUCGCUAAAAUUCUUCUUAAAAAAGUGUGGUCUUGAUGAUAAAGUUGACAUGCCAUAUAAUGAAAUGUGGAAAAUCUAUUCAGAGGCGAAAAAGGAUCCUUCUCCUUCAACUGCAAGAAAAAUGCGUGAAGUAGUUAACUAUUGCAUUAUAGACGCACUGCGUUGUCAGGAGCUAUUGGUAAAACUAAGUGUAAUUAAUGAUUAUAGAGAAGUUGCUUCUAUAGCUUAUGUAUCCCUCUUCGAUGCACAUUAUCGCGCAAAUGGAAUGAAAGUACAAAACCUUCUGGGCGCUUAUGCCGUUAAACGAGAUAUAGUUUUUAGCACAAGAGUAUGUAAAAAUAUAGAAAAAGGGAAAUUUCCUGGCGCAUACGUUUUUCCGCCUAAAAAAGGUAUCGAGAAGGAAAGGCCAGUAACUGGUCUAGAUUUUGCUUCAUUAUAUUCCAGUAUUAUCAUGGCAUAUAACCUCUCCCCAGAAAAAUUUAUAUUUGAUCCAAAGGAUGCUGAUAUUGCGCAAAAUAAUGGAAAUGACUUGCAUAAGAUUGAGUUUUCGUUUAAUAAUCAUAUCGUUCAAGCUUGGUGCGUCCGCCAUGAUAACCAAACGGAAAAGAAAGGCCUAUAUCUAGCCGUAUUGGAGGAUUUAUUUAACAAGAGGUUGGAACUUAAAGCACGUCUAGUCCCACUAGGAAAGAAAAAGCAACAUCUUGGGAAGAUUAUAAGUUCAGCUAAAGAAAGAGGCAAAAAGAUUCCAGAAAGCUUAAAUUUAGAAUACUCAUUUGUAUGCUUCGAUUACGAUUAUUGGGAUUCGAAGCAAAAAGCUUUAAAGGUAUAUAUGAACACUUUCUAUGGGGAGGCAGGCAACUCAAAAUCUCCAAUCUUUCUUCGUGAAUUAGUCUGUGGAACAACUAUAGUGAGAAAAAAUAACCUUAAUCUUGUUGCCGAAUUCGUAUCAAAGAAAGGGUUUGGGAUAAAAUAUGGGAAUACCGAUUCUUUGUAUCUCACCUGCCCGGAUAAGUAUUAUGAAAAAUGCGAUGAAGCCCUCUCCAGAAAAGAUCUUUCUAAAGAAGCGCAUUGGACUGAAAUGGUCAAAAUUACUAUGGAUGUGAUGAGAAAGUUACGUGAUCAAGUAAACGCUUAUCUUAGGAUAAAAAGUGAGACGUCCUAUCUAAAGAUGGCAUACGAAGAGGUAUUAUUUUCCGUCUGCUUUGCCGGUAAAAAGAAGUACUUUGGGGUUGGGCAUGAAGAUGUAGUAAACUUUAAGCCGAAAACCCUUUUCAUGAAAGGGAUAGAUACUGUAAAACAAGGGAAAUUCCAGCUUCUCAAAUUCAUUGGAGAGAAGAUUAUGAGGGAGGCUAUGGAUAUAAAUAAUACCCGCUCAAUUCACGAAAUUGUUAAAGAUACUCUUAGAGAAGCCAAGAACAGGGAAUGGGAUUUCAAUGAAUUUAUCGUAAUGGGAACAUGGAAGCCUAAGAAAAAAAAUCUUUGCAAUAAUUGCUUUAUGAGACAUAUGAGAGAGAGGAAUGAGAGGAUUUCUGAUCCCAGCGAACGCUUUAGCUAUGUUGUUGUAAAAGGCCCGCCUCUCUAUAAUAAAGAAGGUAGAAAGGAGCCACAUAGAGUUGGCGAUUUUAUGGAGUAUGCGGACAUCGCAAAAGAGCAAAAUAUGGAAAUAGAUAUCAAUUAUUAUUUAGGCACUACAAUUGCAAUGUGCGCACACUUUAUCAAUGAAGAUGAUAGCUUUCAACCGCUCCCAUCAGAUAAAAUAAUGCAGAUUAAAGAUUCAGAUAUAAGAGAAAAGCAGAUCGAUGAAUAUUCCCAGAAAAAGGCAAAAAACUGGCUUAUAAAAUAUAUCAAGAGCCUUCAAUAA